AUGACAGUGGAUUCGGAGGCCAAUCACUCUGAAAAGAGUCUGGUACAGCCCAUCAAGACAUGGAAAGGUUAUAUUUGGGAUACCUGGGAGUUGCCUACAGAUCAGCGCUGGCUGCUAUUCAAGUUAGAUGCGUUUGUCCUCACAUUUGCUUCAAUUGGCUACUUCCUCAAGAACCUCGAUCUCAACAAUGUUAACAAUGCUUACCUUAGCGGCAUGGAGGAGGAUCUGGAGAUGUACGGAAAUCAGUUGGUGACAAGUACUUCCGUCUUUACCGUCGGCUAUGUUAUCGGCCAGAUUCCUUGCAAUCUACUGCUAACUCGCCUUUCGCCUCGAUGGGUGAUCCCCUCACUCGAGGUUGGUUGGGGUAUUGCUGUUAUGUGUAUGUCGAGUGUGAAGUCAUACCAAGCCCUCUAUGCGCUUCGCUUCAUUGUCGGUAUUUUCGAAUCUGGAUUCUACCCGGGGAUUCACUACCUGCUUGGGUCAUGGUACACCCCACGGGAGAUCGGCAAGCGGGCCAUGAUCUUCUGGCUCGCUGGUUCAAUCGGCACACUCUUCAGCGGUUUUUUGCAGGCAGCGGCCUACACAAACCUAGACGGUGUUCAUGGUCGUGCGGGCUGGCGAUGGCUCUUUAUCAUCGAUGGGAUUAUCACACUUCCUCUUGCAUUAGCAGGCUAUCUUUUCUUUCCAAAUCUGCCACAAGGGGGGAAAAGGACAUGGUGGACGACUGAAGAAGAGCAUUUGCUUUCAGUCAAGCGGAUGGAAGAAAUUGGUCGUGCUGGCAAGGAGCCAUGGACUAUGGCGAAGGCGAAAAGAAUUUUCUCAAGCUGGCAUACCUAUCUUUUACCUCUGCUCUACGUUGUGUGGAAUAACGGCUUCCCACAGCCUGGAAUGGGCUACUGGCUGAAGAGUUUUGAUAAGACACCUGCUCCUCUCCCUGGCACUUCCUAUUCAAUUCCACAGAUUAAUAAUUUGCCACUUCUUACUACCGGGAUCUUCAUCAUUGUUGCUCUCGUAUGGGGCUGGCUCUCGGAUGGCCCUUGCCGCGGAGCGCGUUGGCCUUUCGUUCAUGCCGGUGCUUUCAUGACAAUAAUCUUCUGUGCUCUCCUCCUGCAGAUGCCACUGUAUAGCAAUAUAGAUGGUCGCAUGGUUGUUUACUGGCUCAGCAAUAUUGGGCUUGGAGCUGGUCCACUCAUUCUCAGUUGGACCAACGAAAUAUGCUCAGCCGACACGGAGAAGAGAGCUUUGAUUGUCGCAAUGUCCAACGACUUUGCAUACGUCGUACAGGCCGUGGCUCCAAACUUUGUAUGGAAAACUACAGACUUUCCUGCUGCGAGGAAGGGUUACCUCUGGUCGAUUGUUAUGCAAGUGUUAUCAAUCAUUGUGACUGCUGCCAUUCAGAUUGGUCUGUGGUGGGAUAAAAGGCAAGAGUCCAGAACACAGAUCAACAGCCCAGAAUCAACAGUGUUGGAGGAGGCAAUAGUUAAGGAGAAGGAGGCAACAUACACUGUCGCACCGAUCAGUGCAAACUAG